UCAAAUUUCAGCGAGACUAUCGAUCUCCUAUUAAAAAGUGGAUGCACAAUCAGUGAGUGCCGAACACAACUUCUUGGCAUUCAAUUCAAGUAGUCGCAUUUGCAAAUUCAACCUAAAACUCAAUCUAUAAAGUUGAAUUUGCUCUGAAUUUGGGAUUUUAUUGAAUUUUGGACUAUAUAUAAAAGCCUUUAGGUAUAAUUGUCUGUACCAAUAAUUCUAAAACUGUCAAAACUGAAGCAAAAUUGGCUUGUUUUUAAAUGAAAUUUUCUAUAUGAUUGUGCGAUAUUAUUAUAAGAAGUCAAUGACUAUAAGAAAUAACAGCCUUUUUCUUGUAAUGUCGAACAGUACGUGCUGCGAUGCCAAUGAAAUCGUCAACAUCGAACAAAGAUGUUGACAUUAAACGUCACAAAUGUUCUCAGCACAGCAGACAGUCACGGAGCAAUUACAAAGAGGAUGUUCAGGUGUCUGUUGGUUGAUACGUCACGUCCCCUCCAUGGCGUACCACGGCCGCGACUUUCUCCGCGCGACACCGUCGGAGAAACCACUGGAGUCUCACAACAACCGCGCACCGGGUGACCGCCUCACCGCCUUACGUGUAACUAACUAACCUAAACAGUUAAACACGACUUCCGUGAUCACUUUCGCUGAGUAAACAAUUCGUGCAUACGUAUCGUGUUUUAUAGAGUACGUCAGAAAAUAUUACUGGACAUUUGGAGAUGGUCAGCCGAAUUUAAAAGGAUUAUCAAAAUGGCCGCACGGAAUGUUCUGCCCAAAUUAAGGCUCAUAUUCUGCGUGCUGGCAUGUAUCUCUACCUGCUUCAGUGAUCCAGAGGUGUACUACGAGAAACAGCGGUACGAUGGCUGGUUCAACAACAGAGCUUACCCCGAAUGGGGUUCAGUGGGUAGUCGUCUUACCCGAAAGACUCCAGCGUCAUAUGCGGAUGGAGUGUACAUGAUGGCGGGAGUAGAUCGCCCUGGAGCCAGGACUCUGUCGAAACUGUUCAUGAGAGGACAAGAUGGCCUUCCUUCGCUCGCUAACAGGACUGCCUUACUCGCUUUUUUUGGUCAGGUAGUAACAGGCGAAAUAGUGAUGGCUUCAGAGUCAGGCUGUCCUAUCGAGCAGCAUCGCAUACCCGUGGAUCAGUGCGACCACAUGUACGACCCGGAGUGUCGCGGAGCCAUGUAUAUGCCGUUCCACAGAGCUGCAUACGACCGCUCCACUGGACAGAGCCCUAACAGCCCAAGAGAACAGAUAAACCAAAUAACAUCGUGGAUCGACGGCAGCUUCGUGUACAGCACAAGCGAGGCGUGGGUGAAUGCAAUGAGGUCAUUUCAGAAUGGCAGCCUGGCGAGUGAGGGAGGACUUCCCAUGCGCAACACCAAGCGAGUGCCGCUCUUCAACAACCCAGUGCCGCAUUAUAUGAGAAUGCUCAGCCCUGAAAGGCUCUUCUUGUUGGGUGACCCGCGCACCAACCAGAACCCAGCGAUGGUUACCUUCGGAAUCCUACUGAUGCGUUGGCACAACGUGGUGGCCGCCCGCAUCCAUCGCCAACAUCCCGACUGGAGUGAUGAGCAGUUGUUUCAAAGAGCACGCAGAAUUGUCAUCGCAAGCUUACAGAACAUAAUCCUAUACGAAUACGUGCCGGCAUUUCUCGGAGCGCCAAUACCACCGUACGGAGGCUAUCGUGCUGAAAUGGCUCCUGGAGUGACGCACGCCUUCGCAGUGGCCGCUUUUCGGUUCGGACACACCUUAGUACCGCCUGCCAUGCUGUUGAGAGAUAGGAACUGCAGAUACGGCAGAGCACCUGGAGGGCAUGACGCUAUAAGGUUAUGCCAGACAUGGUGGGACGGCAAUGAUGUAAUGUCGCAAGUGCCUAUAGAAGAAGUGCUUAUGGGUAUGGCGUCGCAACUGUCGGAGCGGGAGGAUGCACUACUUUGCUCUGAUGUCAGGGACAAUUUGUUUGGUCCUAUGGAGUUUUCGAGGCGAGAUCUCGGUGCCUUAAACAUCAUGCGAGGCAGAGAUAACGGCUUACCUGAUUACAAUACAGCCAGAGAAUACUUUGGUUUACCAAAAAUCAAAACAUUUAAUGAGAUUAAUCCACAACUGUUUGAAAACAAUCCCGAUCUAUUACAAAAUCUAAUCCAAAUUUAUGAAGGCAGACUUGAUAAUAUCGACGUUUAUAUUGGUGGAAUGCUUGAGUCAACUGGUCAUCCCGGAGAAUUGUUUAGAGCUAUCAUUAUAGAUCAAUUCACUAGAAUACGUGACGCAGACAGAUUUUGGUUUGAAAAUGAAGGAAACGGAGUAUUCACUCGCGAGGAAAUUGAAGAACUCCGACGUAUACGAUUGUGGGACAUUAUAGUAAAUAGUACAGCGGUGGGUCCUAGUGACAUCCAACGCGACGUAUUCCAUUGGAAAGAAGGCAAUCCAUGUAGGCAGCCCUAUCAGUUGAAUGCUUCUAAACUACCGCCUUGUAAAUAUUUGAAAGGAUAUGACUAUUUCGAGGGUAACGAAUUUGCCUACAUCUACACUUGCUUAAUUUUGGCAUUCGUACCAAUACUGUGCGCGGGCGCUGGAUAUGGUGUAGUGAAAUUGCAGAAUAGUCGGCGACGUCGUCUUAAAAUACAACAGGAACAUUUGAAAAACGCUGAACAAAAAGGGUCAGUGGAUAAAAUGGUGUGCCGUGAAUGGGUGCAUGCUUCACAUAAAAGACUGGUGAAGCUCCGUCUUGGACCAGAAUCUGCACUUCACGUAACUGAUCGCAAAGGGGAUAAGCUACGCACUGUACCUUUGGAGCAUACUGAUCAACUCACAGUUUUUGAGAGUCAGGAAGGUCGAACAAAUAAACGACCACUGGUCCUGAUAAGAGUGCAGCGAGAACAUGACCUUGUCUUAGAGAUGGACUCAGUUGCAUCGCGACGCAAGUUUCUUGUCAAAUUAGAUACAUUCCUUGCGCAACAUAAAAAGUCUCUGAAUCUUACGCAAGGUAAUCGGGACCAAAUAUUAGCAUCAGCAGAAACCAGAGAGCGGAGACAGCGUAAAUUAGAACAUUUCUUUCGGGAAGCAUAUGCUAUUACAUUUGGCCUUGCACCUGGUGAAAAACGAAGAAGAAAAGAAGAUUCUGAUCCUGAGUCUAUUGUAAUGAGGACGUCGUUAUCAAAAAGUGAAUUUGCAAGCGCUCUAGGAAUGAAGGCAGAUGCAGUCUUUGUCAAGAAAAUGUUCAAUAUUGUUGAUAAAGACAGUGAUGGAAGAAUAUCUUUCCAGGAAUUCCUAGAUACCGUAGUGUUGUUUUCUCGUGGAGCAACAGACGACAAACUUCGAAUCAUUUUCGAUAUGUGCGAUAAUGAUCGUAACGGUGUAAUCGACAAGGGAGAACUUAGCGAGAUGCUGCGGUCCUUAGUUGAGAUUGCUAGAACAACGUCGUUGAGAGAUGAGCAUGUUACAGAACUGAUAGACGGAAUGUUUACUGAUGCGGGUCUUCAACAUAAAGAACAUCUUACAUAUUCAGACUUUAAAUUGAUGAUGAAAGAAUAUAAAGGAGAGUUUGUCGCUAUUGGUCUGGACUGCAAAGGUGCCAAACAGAACUUUUUAGAUACUUCAACCAACGUUGCUAGAAUGACCAGUUUUCAUAUAGAACCAUCAAUGGAACAAUCCAGACAUUGGUUCCUACUAAAAUGGGAUUACUUAACAACAUUCCUCGAAGAAAACAGACAAAAUAUAUUCUAUCUCUUUAUUUUCUACGUAGUCACUAUUGGUCUGUUCGUAGAAAGAUUUGCACACUACUCUUUCAUGUCUGAACAUUUGGAUUUGAGGCAUAUCAUGGGAGUCGGAAUAGCUAUAACGAGAGGAUCAGCUGCUUCAUUGUCUUUCUGUUAUAGUCUUUUACUUCUUACAAUGUCAAGAAACUUGCUAACUAAAUUAAAGGAAUUCAGCAUCCAGCAAUAUAUCCCAUUGGAUUCAAGUAUCCAAUUUCAUAAAAUUGUAGCUUGCACAGCUCUAUUCUUUUCAUUGCUCCACACAGCAGGUCACAUGGUCAACUUCUACCAUGUUUCUACUCAACCAGUCGAGAAUCUACGUUGUUUAACCAAAGAAGUGCAUUUUACUUCAGACUUCAGGCCCGGGAUAACAUAUUGGGUUUUCCAGACAGUUACAGGUGUUACUGGCGUGUUACUUUUCAUCAUAAUGUGCAUAAUAUUCAUAUUCGCGCACCCUGUGAUACGCAAGCGCGCUUACCCCUGGUUCUGGCGCGCGCACUCCUUGCAUGUAGCUCUGUACGCUCUGUGCCUUGUCCACGGACUAGCACGGCUCACUGGCGCGCCUCGGUUUUGGAUAUUCUUUCUUGGUCCAGCAAUUAUUUACACUCUUGAUAAGGUGGUGUCAUUACGUACCAAAUAUUUAGCGUUAGAUGUGCAGGAAACAGAAAUGCUACCAUCGGAUGUUAUCAAAAUCAAAUUCUACAGACCACCCAACCUUAAAUAUCUGUCAGGUCAAUGGGUACGAUUAGCAUGUACAGCAUUUAAAAAAGAAGAAUUCCAUUCAUUUACACUUACAUCAGCACCUCACGAGAAUUUCCUUUCGUGUCAUAUUAAAGCGCAAGGACCUUGGACUUGGAAACUUAGAAAUUACUUUGAUCCUUGCAAUUACAACCCGGAAAAUCAACCUAAAAUUCGAAUUCAAGGUCCGUUCGGCGGAGGUAACCAAGAUUGGUACAAAUUUGAAGUUGCAGUGAUGGUCGGAGGUGGUAUUGGAGUCACACCAUACGCUUCCAUAUUGAACGAUCUAGUCUUUGGAACUUCUACCAAUCGAUAUUCAGGAGUUGCUUGUAAGAAGGUAUAUUUCUUAUGGAUUUGUCCGUCACACAAGCACUUCGAAUGGUUUAUUGAUGUCUUGCGCGAUGUGGAGCGAAAGGAUGUCACAAAUGUUCUCGAAAUACACAUAUUUAUCACGCAAUUCUUUCACAAGUUCGACCUUAGGACUACAAUGUUGUACAUCUGCGAGAACCAUUUUCAGAGGUUAUCCCGUACGUCAAUGUUCACGGGACUGAAAGCUGUGAACCAUUUCGGCAGGCCCGACAUGUCAUCCUUCCUAAAGUUUGUCCAGAAGAAGCAUAGUUAUGUAUCUAAAAUCGGCGUGUUCUCUUGCGGUCCACGGCCGCUCACUAAAUCCAUCAUGUCGGCAUGCGAGCAAGUAAACCGGACCCGACGUCUGCCAUACUUCAUACAUCACUUCGAAAACUUCGGAUAGAAAAUAAUACCUCUGUUUAUUAUAAGUUAUUGUUACUAUUGGAUACAAUUUGUUGCUAUUACGCUAUUGUAGAUUGAUAGCAUGUAUAGUCAAAUACUCAAACCUUUGCGAAUAUCACAAAGUGACAAAUUUAAAAUUUUUAAAAAUGACGGAGAUCUAUCUACUGUAUAUUUAAUUUUUAAUAGCUAAGAAAUUGGAUAUUUAAAUCAAAUAAGAAGAAUGUUUAAUUUCAAAUUCAACAGUUAAAAUAGUGGGCUACUGUGGUAUUUUAAGCUUUGCAUGAAUUUUCAAACUCGUUUGUAAAAUACAAAAAUACCAUGGCGAGUAAACCAUCAUGCGUGAUCCUACCACGUAAUUAAAAAAAUAUAAUUAUCCUAGUUGUCCUUAUAAUUUAUUUUCAAAUUAGUUAGUUAAUUAUUAUUAUAGAUCCAGUUGACUUUAAAUAUGUGGUUUGGUGGACUUUAAAUACGUCCAUUGGUUAAUAUGUCAACAACGAAAAUAGUUUUUUCAUCAUCAUCAUCAUCAUCAUCAUCAUUAUCAUCAUCAUCAUCAUCAUCAUCAUCAUCAUUCACAUCAUCAUCAUUAUUUUUAAGCCCAUCAUAAGCCCAUUUU